AGAAAAAGGGAGAAGGGUAAGGUUAUUAAACUAACAAAGCCUAAACCCUUUAAUAAAGAUUUACGUAAGAUGGAUAAGUUCUUUUUAGAAUUUUUAACCUACUUCAGAUACUUUCCCUAUACCCUGAAGGACGACGAAGAUAGAGUUAUUUUUGCAGGCAGCUGCCUUGCAGGAGACGCCGAAAUAUGGUUCCGACUUAUUAUACAGAAUUACGAAGAAGGAAAGAUUAAUUUGAAAAAGCUUAAAACGUAA